AUGGAUCUUGGUGUUAAGGAGGUUAUUGGAGAUGCCACGGGUGGGGGCCUGCUUCUGAGCCUGCUCUUUCCAGUCAACGUCAGUGGCAAGGCAUUGAAAGUCGACGAAAUAGGCGGAGAAGUCUCGGGAUCCUUGGGUCAGUUAUUCCAGCUCUCGUUCAGGGGUGGCGAUACGGUUAGGGUUGCUGAAAGCAGUAUCAAGGAGGGAGAUCAGGUCUUCCACAUCUGCAAACGGAUUGAUGGCCUACACGAGUUGUUGUUGGUUCGAGGAGAAGCGGUCAGCAUUACCAAUAAUCUUGAGGCGGAGUUGGGUGACGAAGGGACGGAGUGCCGAGCGGGUUCCAUCGAACUUAGGAGGAUCAAAAAUUUUAUCAGAUCAUGGGGCAGGAACAGCAGAGGCAGGUACUGGAGCAAUUGGUACGGGGAUGUGAGGAAGGGCUUGCACAGGAGCGACGUGUUCAGGGGUAGGAGCAGCCUGGUCAUGAAGGAGUUUGUUCAGUUCCCUGGCUUCUACCAGAUAUGUGGAGAGAUUGUGGACCUGGUUUUGAAGUUUAGGGAUGGUGGAGGCCGCGUUUUGAGCGAAGUUAAGUUGUUGUUGGAGGGCAUCGCUCUCAUUCCCGAGGGCCUAAAGGUAGUUGCGAGCUGUCUUACAUUCGUUGAAAUAUCUCAAUUCAUGUGA